CCCCGGGCCGUCCCGGAGCCGAACUGCUCGGAGCACAGUGGGGGCUCACUCCUGGCGACAUGUGCCAUCCUGAAUUCCUCCCUUUAGUUCCGCGGGCAGAGAAACGUGGCCGGAAGACGCAUCCUGCUCGGCUACGGCAGCUGCAGAGGAGCAUUAUUCCUUCGCGAAAGGGCCUCCUGCCUCCGCGUACUCUUCCAGCCAGCCCAGGAACCAGAUGGUUCCUUUCCGACCUCCCGGCCCCGCCUCGACCCCUCGGGGCUGGUCCCGAUCCUGGUUCUUUGUAGCAUCUUGUUUGGGGCCGCGGGAGCCUUUUGGCCCGCCAAGCCCUGAAGGGAAGCCUCUCCCUCCUUCCCCUCCCCUGGUUGACCUAUCACCCUCCCUCAGGACCUAAAUGCAGGGCGUUUCCCUCUUUGGCUGACACUGGACUCCUUGUCUACAUCUAGCUUGGUACAGAGGGACAUCCAGACGCUGAAAAGUGUGGGCAGAUGGCCCUUCUUCAAACCAAUAAGGAUCUCAUUGCUACAGGAAUGAAGGAAUUUAACAUUCUGCUAAAUCAGCAGGUCUUCUCUGCUCCUGUUGUCUCUGAAGAAGACAUGGUGACUGUGGUGAAUGACUGGGUGAACUUCUACAUCAGCUAUUAUAGGAAGCAGAUGGUGGGGGAGCAGCAAGAGCAGGACAAGGCUGUGCAGCAGCUUCGGCAAGAGCUGAAUACUCUGUCUGCCUCUUUCCUGGACAAAUACAGGAACUUCCUGAAGUCCUUGUGAGCGCCCGAUCGCAGGCUGCCUUCCUCCUAGCCGGGAGACCCAGGCUUGUCUGAGACCCUUAAAUGCUGCCUCUGUGUCUUCAAGGCCUCAGGCUCUGCCCCUUCAUGGUGUUACUCCACCCUGACACCUCAAUAAAGACCAGUACU